UUCAUUUCCUUGGCAAAAGUUGGAGUCAUAGGUUUUCGUUUCUGGUCGGAGUCAUUCAUCCAGAACUUAUUUCUCCGCCAUUAGAUUGGGUUCCAGGCACGGGUAUUUCAUUCCAAUUUCUAUUAGUGUUUUGAACUUCAAAUUUUUAUUUGGGGGGUUUAUUAGGGUUUAGGUUAUUCACUGAGGGAUUCAUAUAACAAUGAAAGGAAAAAGAAAUUCAAUAUCUACUAAACAUUGUGAAGAAGGUGUAGGAGAAGAUAGAAUCAGCAAAUUACCGGAUAGUCUGAUUCAUGAAAUUCUCUCUUACAUUGAUGUGAAAUUUGUAGUACGAACCAGUGCUUUGUCAAAAAGAUGGAAAAAUGUUUGGAUUUCUCUCCCGUUUGUAAAAUCAGGUUGGACUUCAUUUAUACAAGGUAAAGAGAGAAGAUAUAUGUUUACUGAUAAUUAUGUGACUCUCAAUAGGAUACAUGAUAGAUUUGUAGGUUUUAUCGAUAGGGUAUUCGAAUUCCAACUCUGAUAUACAGGUGAUUAGGUUGGGGUUUCUUGUACUUAAUGAUACCUUAGUAGAAACUCUGAAUAGGUGGAUCCUUGAAGCCGUAAAUCAUAAUGUUCAAGAGCUAACUAUAAUUGCUGUUCACUUUCCAAAUCCAAACUCAACAUAUGAGAUUCCUCAUCAACUCCUUAAUUGUAAAUCAUUGAAGACUUUGAGUUUUACAUUCAUUAGUCAACAUUUUGAUAGCUACACAAAUGUUAUUCUACCCAAGUCGAUGAGUUUACCUCAAAUCAAAAAACUAUCGCUCAAUGGAAUUUCAGUCUCCAAUUUAGAGUUACAGAGGCUUUUCUCAAGUUGCCCACCUAUGGAAAUGGUAGUCAUACAAAACUGUGAUGUACAGAUGAACAAUCAAAGGAAUAUCAUUAUUGAUUCUCACAGCCUUCAAUUUUUUUUGGCAAUCAAUUCGUUGACUUGCACCACCAAGAUAUCUGCUCCAAUUGUCAAAGACUUCAGAUGCACAGGCUUCAUGACAGAGGAUUUUUCGCUAGAAAACUUUUCUUCUCUAGUUGGUGCUCAUCUUAAUAUGAGAUUAAGAAAACCAGAAGCAUAUGAAACCGCAGAAACAUAUUCCGAGCUGUCCACGGAGGAAAAAGAAGUGUUUGCUAAGCGUAUGAUGAAAUAUCUGGGAGCGGUUCAUAAGGUGCAUCACCUGACACUAUCAUAUGGGUUCCUUGAGGUUCUCUUACAUGCUCCUGGCUCGUUAGACUGUGAACCUACUCAACUGUGUGAUUUAGAAACUCUGAAGCUGGAAAUGAGCUUUACAAGAGGUUGCUUGCGUUCAAUUGCUUACUUGCUCAAGAUCUCUCCUAUUUUGAUGAGUCUUAUCCUUACAUCAAAGGAGUCUAAUUUAGCAGAAGUUGGAGAUGAUUGGGAAGCAGGAUUGUCACUGACGUGCAUGUUUUCUCACCUCAAGUCUGUCGAGAUCAGAGAGGUGGAAGGAUUUGAUAAUGAACUCAAAUUUCUGAAAUUUUUGUUGAAAAACUCGAUGGUUUUGGAGAAAUUGGUUCUGUUCUUUCGGUCUAGAUAGAGGGAGACACAUAAGGAGAUUCAAGAGGAAUUUAAAACUACUUCCAACAGCUUCUUCAAGUAUCCAAAUGCACUUCUUUUGACCUUUGAAGAUGGCACUGUGAGCUUCCUAGAACGAGACACAUGAAGCGAUUUAAAAUAAGCUAAGAGCACUUCCAAUAGCUUAUUCAGGUAUCACGUUUGUGUUCUUUAAACCUUAGUUGAUGACACUCAUAGCCAGAUUACUGAAAUUUGUAUACCUUCUAUAUUUAUAUAGGAAGCUUUUGGAAAUUUUUGGAUUCCCUGAAAUUCAUGGUUAAUGUUUUUUUGAGCUGCCUUAUAUAUGUCAAUGCUGAGACAAGUGAACCAUCUUAUGUUUU